ACGGGUUCAUUGUGACGGCGGGAGCAAUCAACUUUUAUUUAUUCGGGGGAAAAAAAAAAGGACGGGAAAUGUGUACACACACACAAAAAUCGGGAGACUGGAACAAAGUUACGUUAUACAAAUAAAAAAUCCACCAAAUUGACACAUCCUGCGACACAACACCUGAAUUGGUUACAUGUCGUUGCCAGGUGAACGAAGGUCCUGUUGGCUGCGUAUUUCUUUUUGAAAUCCCGCUAGUUCAAUAUGCGGGAGUUUCAACGCACUAGAACCACCUACCGGUACAUCGUGAAAACUUCGGAUAUUCUUUUCUACAAAAGUCAACAAAAUGGUAAUGAUAUAACUUAUCAGUUGGAAAUGAUUUUCGUCGUCAAAUAAUCGUGCAAUCAAUUUUCGUGGUAUUUCGUUUGGUAAAGCUGAAUUGAGAAACGUUUAAUCUUUUCAUGGUAUCAUGCCAAGGCUAGCUUUAUCGAAUGAAACCAAAAUAUGCGUGUAGUUGGGUAUGUGACUGCGAAAUGUCACGAAUCGUUCGUAAGUUUUCGUAACGUGUUGUGUGAAUUUUUCCCAGAAAUCACCCAAUAAUUUAAGAUAAACAUAAUAAUUUAAACGGGAUAUUUUCUGUGUGCGUAGUUGCGCACGGUUUACAAUUUUAAACUAAAGAAGCGUGUCGUGCGCAAAACAGAAAUAUUUUUAAUGACUUUCUCAUCGAAAGUCAUCAAAACGCCUCAACAUUUUAUAAAUUUUCCCAUCCAGUCCGAAGUAAUCAAAUUGUUUUGUUUUUUUUCUUUUUUCUUACCUAACUUCACCUGACCGCCAUCUAACGAUGAAAAUCUCAAUCAAGAAUAUUUGAAGCAUAGUGUAUUGUAUUCUCUAGAUUAAAAAAAUGUAAUUCAGUUUACUUCAAUGGACAUUUUUCGACCAUUAGUCGCUGCAAUAAUAAUCCAUACUUAAUUUUCAGGAAAAAUUGUAUCCUCUGCUGGCACGUAAACUGAAAUAACCAGCCAGAUGUGGUUGGCCACAAUAAAAUCUUCAUACCUCAAGAAAUGAAAGUUAUUGAAAGUUGGUCAGGCUGCGGUAGCAGUUGUAAAUGCAAUGGUCAACGAACAAUCAGUAAAAUGUGUGGACUCGAUAGGAUUAUGCGGUCGAUCUAUCUUAAAAUUUUCAUAUAUCAUCCAAAUUCAGUGUGACAAGAAACCCGCGUAGAUAACAACGUACGACCAAAACCAUCAGAUUGGACGCUAUUAGCACGCUUGACAGUUCGAUGACAAUUCAAAUUCAGCAGCAAUUGAAUUUGACAAUCAUAGUAUUAUGUUACGCGACUCGCGAGGACGGAGAGCCCUGAGAAAGGCUUUCAACGACUUUCAACGGAGUUGUUUGGCGAUUUCACCAAAGAUUCACGUUCAAUUUUUGAAUUGGCGUUUCUGACGUGUCGACAUGAGAACCAUGCUGCCCAUGUUUUUUGUUUUUUGUUUUUUUAUGUGAAGACUACCUGUGUGGCCAUUGGCCAGCUGGAGGGCUUUACUUAAAAUUUAAAACCAGAUUUUCUGUAAUGUGUCAUAAAUAUUUGUUGAAAAUAAAUCACAUUAACUGGUGUGCCUGCUUUUGAAAAUGCCGAUAUAUUUAUAAGUAUUUAACUGCGUCAUCCGGAUAAAAAUGCUGCACAUAUUUUUGUUUCAAAACCCACCAUGUGAACUAUACCAUAUGAACUGCUAAAACUACUCUCCACUUUUGAAAAAGGCCGCAUAAUUAUUUUUCUCUUUCAGAGUCACCUGGUAGAGAAAUUUCCUACUACUUUAUGGAAUCCCUUUUCAUGUGUCGUCUGCUUCAUUGUUCAUUCUGUCAUUCACGAUUUCACGUGGAUUUCACGUGGAUUUGUGCUCAUACAUGUGCUUUUACGUGUGUUUGAAAUUCCCAAAUCUUGAUUUUGAUAAAUAUUGACUAAAAGAAUGGACAAGCCAAAACGAAGAUGUGUAGAGUGCAAGAAAACUAACUUUUAUAAUGUCAAUGGACAAUAUGUGUGUGUCGAAUGCGACACCUAUGCUACUGAUCAUGUUGAAGUUGUUUGUGAUGAAUUUGAGGGACAAACUCAAGGUCGAAAAUAUAAGGCACUUGGCGAGAAAAAGGAUAGGAAAAAUUUAGAGGAAGAAGAACGGAAUAAGAGGAUACAAGAUUGGAAUAUAUAUGAUGGAUUCAAUUUUAUUCUGGUCAAAAUGACAGAUGCACUGAUCAAGUGUGGUGCUGAUCCCAAAAUCAAACCCUGUGUACACAGGUUAUGGGCUUCCUAUCUUUCAAAAAUGGAAGUUGCAUAUUGUGAAGCACCACCUCCUACAUCACCUUUACCUGAUGAAUUUAGAACCAGGGAGACAGAGAUGGAAGAAGUAGCGGAACAAUCUUCAAUAGUCCCAUCUUGGUUUUCUCAAAAUAAUGAGCUAGAUUCUCAAGCAGAAAGUGAUGAUCAACCCCCUAAAAUCAAACCAAAAAGAACUACACUUUUUUCUGCCCCAAAAGUGGCGAAAAGAAAGUACUACAAGAAGGGCCUGGGCGAAAUGGAUAUUUUACUUGAAACCGCUGAUGCCGAAUUAUCGUUUGCUGACAGACGCAAGAAAGGCCGAAAACUUAAGAGUAACUAUAUGAAACUGGCCCUUAGUGGAGCAGACACUGAUGUUUCGAUGGCGGAGUCAAUUGGUUCAUCAGCAGAAACUCAAAGUACAGUUGAAGACGCCCAAAAAAGAAGUCGUUUGUCUACCAUGAAGUAUGCUGUUCCUGAAUGCUUUCCUGAAGGAGAACUAGUUUCCAUACUUAAGAGAAAAAACAAAACAGAGGAUUAUACGGCACCCAGGUCAACAUGCAGCGACCCAGAAUACAUGACGGUGCAUAAACUAUUGUCAUUCCUUCAUGCUGCACUACUCUUGAAAGGUCAAUUAAUAUCUUAUGGUGAUUUGACAAGGUGGGCUCGGGAAGGUUUCAUCCCUCUCUACGGCGCUCAUCUACUUUUACCAAAAAGUAUGCCUAUCAGUGGAUCGGAGGCUCAUACUUUGGGUGCACUCCGUACUAAUGGAGCUCCCUGUUCUCGAAUUUUUCGUCAAAACACUGGUCGUCUCCUUACAAUGCUAAAUAUCGAAAAGCUACCCAAGCCACCUGCCUUUCUGUUGGCGUCUAAAAUCAUCUGUGAUCUUCAGUUGCCAAAUGAACUUGAAGUGUAUGUCAGAACCUUGGAUAGAAUUAUUAAUCAGGAUGAUAACGACGCUGAAUGGAAAACCGUUUUCUUUGGUAACAGGAUUCCAAGUGAUGCUGCGUACGCUGGAUCCCUGAUCCUGGUUGCCAUGAAAUUGGUACUUGGAUUAGACGGAACGACAGAAUUUCAAAUUUCAGAUUUUGCCACGAAAGUUAACAAUCUGUUAAAACUAAAACCUUCGUCAAGCUUCGCUAGCAAACAGCAAGGAGUUGAAAAUGAAAAUAACCAAGAAACAUCUCAGGGCACAAAAACUCUGUUUGUGUGGAAAGAGUGGGUUCGAUUUAUUGAAUACCGCCGCAACGUCAUCGAUCGCACUCACGUUCCAACAGCGAUCCGAAAAGCAAUUGUGAAGAAAAUGGAUCCCGCUUAUGUGUAUCAAUUUGCUCAAACUGAAGGAUUUUAUCAUUAUAACCGCCCUACAACUGAAUUGUCAGAAAUCGAUAGGUCCAUCUUAGAAGUUUUUGAAAAAGCUUCGAAGAGAUUUCCUUCCCCGUCCGGGCCUCCAAAAAGAAUACCAAGAUUUCGUUCCUCUCUUUUCGGCCUUCAGGGCUUGGCUGAUCAGCUUUUGGAAUUCGACCCCUCGGAAUAUGGACAACUUAAGCAAGAAUUUUCCACUUCGUCUUUAGUAUUUGCUAGAAAACCCAAACUGUUGGCAGCUGCUCUAAAGAAGGCGAAUCCACCGCAUCUCUUAAAUAUUCACAAGGGCCCAGCAUUAAAGGAUAGAAAAUUCGUCAUGCCUUUGAUCACUUCACGUUGUGGGAUUUCGAAAUCUUCAAGUCAAAUGGAUCGUUAUGCCUGGAAAAUAGUAACAGUAAAGUCGGAAGUACUACCUGUUUCUAACUCUUCUGACGACGACGACGACGAGCUUGAUGAAUUUUACGAUAGUCAAUCGCGACCUAGUCUGCUUUUACAUGACCCAUCUUACGGUUACUGGAUAAGCGCACUCCGUCUGAAAUUGGUGGCUUUCGUCGACUGGAACUUGUUCUCCGCCUCGUUGCCUUCAUCGUUUCUCUGGUUGCUCCAACUUAUCUGUGAAAGCAUUGAAGAAAGCCCAAGAGAUUUCUACCCAACGUUUAACGCUGUUGAAGCUAUCGUUUUCUUAGGUCACACAGAUGUGAAACGCAACAUUACCGGCAAAAAGGAGUUAAAGCAGCGACUAUACAACGCAUUAAGAGCGGAAUUCUAAAACAUUUUUUUUAUACAUCUCCGUAAUGAAUUUUAAUGCGGCAAAUGUUUAUGUAUUAUUUUUUUGUACCUCAAAAUGUCUCAAUUAACAGAGGGCUGAAACUCGCCUAAUUCGGUUACCACUCGAGCAAGAUGUACAUGCCAAUCGGGGCUGAUUGGCUGUUUAGAACUAACCUUGAGUGACACAGAAUACAUGUUUCGAAAAAUA